AUGACUACACAGGAGAAAGAGAGCUUCGAUGCCGCCGCGUUUGGCGAGGCACACAUCACCAAAGGCAUUGGCCGUCUCACCAAGCACGUCUUUGAGGAAGGGAAAGGAAGCUACAUCACCACCGACAAAGGCGUCAAGCUUCUCGAUCUAACCUCCGGCAUUGGCGUCGUCAAUCUAGGCCAUUGUCACCCCAAGGUCAGCGAGGCCGCCGCGAAACAAUGCAUGAAGAUCACCCAUGCUCAAGUCAACAUUGGCUUCAACAAGACCCAAGUCGAGCUCAUCCAAGAUAUGCUCCCGAUCAUGCCGCACAAGUCGCUCGACACAUUCUUCUUUUGGAACUCUGGCGCUGAAGCCGUCGAAGCCGCAGUCAAACUCGCACGUGCAGCUACAAAGAAGCCAAACAUCAUCGUCAUGCAGGGCUCGUACCAUGGCCGUACGAACGCCACAGCUUCAUUAACACGCAGCAAGACCAUAUACGGCGAAGGCCAUGGUCCGCUUAUGAGUGGAGUCUUCGCAACCGCAUUCCCGUAUUAUAGCCAAUGGUGCGCAACGCCGGAGAACAGCACCGAGGAACUCGUCACUGAGGCUCUACAUCAACUCAAACUGACCCUACAGCAACAAACAGCCCCGUCUGACACGGCAGCGAUUCUCCUGGAGCCCGUCCUUGGCGAAGGCGGCUAUGUGCCAGCACCGCCAGAGUUCCUCCACGGUCUACGCCGUAUCUGUGACGAGAACAACAUCCUACUCAUCUGUGACGAGGUUCAAUCCGGCUACGGCCGCACUGGCACCAUGUUCUUCGUCGAAGAAUCUGGUGUGCGUCCUGACGUGUUGAUAUUCGCAAAGGGCGUUGCGAACGGCUUCCCACUGUCUGGCAUCGUGGCGAGUAAGGAACUAAUGGAUAAGCAGAAGCCUGGCAGUAUGGGUGGGACGUAUGCGGGCAAUGCAGUGGCGUGUGCGGCAGCAAGGGCAGUGCUGCAGGUCUUCAAGGAGGAGAAGGUGCUCGACAAUGUCGCAGCGCGGUCGAAGCAGCUUUUUGGUUUCCUGAACGAGCUCAAGGCGAGCGGUACCAAGGCUGGCAAUCUCAUCGAAGACGUUCGUGGGCGAGGGUUGAUGGUCGGCUUGCAAUUUGCACGCACGCCAUCCAAAGCUGGAUCGCAAAACGCUGCUGCAAUGUUCGCGAAGCAGCAGCCCCAGAUCGCACCAAAGGUGGUCCAGGAAUGCUUGAAGCGGAAUAUGCUGCUGCUGAGUACAAGUGUGUUUGACGUACUACGUUUUAUACCAGCGUUGAAGAUAUCGGAGGAGGAAUUGAGCACGGCAUGUUCAAUUUUCAAGGAGAGUUUGGAAGCGGUUGCAGAAGAGAUUAGCAAAGAAUGA